AUGAGCCCCCAUUCUCCCGCUUUCCAUCACCCCGCCCCAUUCUUCCGCUUUCCAUCACCCCGCCCAAUUCUCCCUCUUUCUAUCACCCCUCCCCAUUCUCCCCUUUUCCAUCACCCCGCCCCAUUCUCCCUCUUUCCAUCACCCCGCCCCAUUCUCCCGCUUUCCAUCACCCGCCCCAUUCUUCCGCUUUCCAUCAACCCGCCCCAUUCUCCCGCUUUCCAUCACCCCGCCCCAUUCUCCCUCCUUCCAUCACCCCGCCCCAUUCUCCCGCUUUCCAUCACCCCGCCCCAUUCUCCCUCCUUUCAUCACCUCGCCCCAUUCUCCCUCCUUCCAUCACCCCGCCCCAUUCUCCCGCUUUCCAUCACCCCGCCCUGUUCUACCGCUUCCCAUAACCCCACCCCCUUCUCCCGCUUUCCAUCACCCCGCCACAUUCACCGGCUUUCUAUCACUUCGCCCCAUUCUCCCUCCUUCCAUCACCCCGCCCCAUUCUCCCGCUUUCCAUCACCCCGCCUCAUUCUCCCGCUUUCCAUCACCCCACCCCAUUCUCCCGAUUUCCAUCACCCCGCCCCAUUCUCCCGCUUUCCAUCGCCCCGCCCCAUUCUCCCGCUUUCCAUCAUCCCGCCCCAUUCUCCCUCCUUCCAUCACCCCGCCCCAUUCUCCCGCUUUCCAUCACUCCGCCCCAUUCUCCCUCCUUCCAUCACCCCGCCCCAUUCUCCCUCCUUCUAUCACCCCGCCCCAUUCUCCCGCUUUCCAUCACCCCGCCCCAUUCUCCCGCUUCCCAUAUCCCCACCCCAUUCUCCCGCUUUCCAUCACCCCGCCACAUUCUCCCACUUUCCAUCACCCCGCCCCCUUCUCUCUCCUUCCAUGACCCCGCCCCAUUCUCCCUCCUUCCAUCACCCCGCCCCAUUCUCCCGCUUUCCAUCAGCCCGCCCCAUUCUCCCGCUUUCCAUCACCCCUUCCCUUUCUCCCGCUUUCCAUCUCCCCGCCCCAUUCUCCCGCUUUCCAUCACCCCGCCCCAUUCUCCCGCUUUCCAUCACCCCGCCCCAUUCUUCCGCUUCCCAUCAUCCCGCCCCAUUCCCCCGCUUUCCAUCACCCCUCCCCAUUCUUCCUCCUUCCAUCACCUCGCCCCAUUCUCUCGCUUUCCAUCACCCCACCCCAUUCUCCCGCUUUCCAUCACCCCGCCCCAUUCUCCCGCUUUCCAUCACUCCGCCCCAUUCUCCCGCUUUCCAUCACUCCGCCCCAUUCUCCCUCCUUCCAUCACCCCGCCCCAUUCUCCCUCCUUCCAUCACCCCGCCCCAUUCUCCCGCUUUCCAUCACCCCGCCCCAUUCUCCCGCUUUCCAUCACCCCGCCCCAUUCUUCCGCUUUCCAUCACCCCGCCCAAUUCUCCCUCUUUCUAUCACCCCCCCCCAUUCUCCCCUUUUCCAUCACCCUGCCCCAUUCUCCCUCUUUCCAUCACCCCGCCCCAUUCUCCCGCAUUCCAUCACCCGCCCCAUUCUUCCGCUUUCCAUCAACCCGCCCCAUUCUCCCGCUUUCCAUCACCCCGCCCCAUUCUCCAUCCUUCCAUCACCCCGCCCCAUUCUCCCGCUUUCCAUCACCCCGCCCCAUUCUCCCUCAUUCCAUCACCUCGCCCCAUUCUCCCUCAUUCCAUCACCUCGCCCCAUUCUCCCUCCUUCCAUCACCCCGACCCAUUCUCCCGCUUUCCAUCACCCCGCCCUGUUCUACCGCUUCCCAUAACCCCACCCCCUUCUCCCGCUUUCCAUCACCCCGCCACAUUCUCCCGCUUUCUAUCACCCCGCCCCAUUCUCCCUCCUUCCAUCACCCCGCCCCAUUCUCCCGCUUUCCAUCACCCCGCCCCAUUCUCCCGAUUUCCAUCACCCCGCCCCAUUCUCCUGCUUUCCAUCACCCCGCCCCAUUCUCCCGCUUUCCAUCAUCCCGCCCCAUUCUCCCUCCUUCCAUCACCCCGCCCCAUUCUCCCGCUUUCCAUCACUCCGCCCCAUUCUCCCUCCUUCCAUCACCCCGCCCCAUUCUCCCUCCUUCCAUCACCCCGCCCCAUUCUCCCGCUUUCCAUCACCCCGCCCCAUUCUCCCGCUUCCCAUAUCCCCACCCCAUUCUCCCGCUUUCCAUCACCCCGCCACAUUCUCCCACUUUCCAUCACACCGCCCCCUUCUCUCUCCUUCCAUCACCCCGCCCCAUUCUCCCUCCUUCCAUCACCCCGCCCCAUUCUCCCGCUUUCCAACAGCCCGCCCCAUUCUCCCGCUUUCCAUCACCCCUCCCCUUUCUCCCGCUUUCCAUCACCCCACCCCAUUCUCCCGAUUUCCAUCACCCCGCCCCAUUCUCCUGCUUUCCAUCACCCUGCCCCAUUCUCCCGCUUUCCAUCAUCCCGCCCCAUUCUCCCUCCUUCCAUCACCCCGCCCCAUAAUCCCGCUUUCCAUCACUCCGCCCCAUUCUCCCUCCUUCCAUCACCCCGCCCCAUUCUCCCUCCUUCCAUCACCCCGCCCCAUUCUCCCGCUUUCCAUCACCCCACCCCAUUCUCCCGCUUCCCAUAUCCCCACCCCAUUCUCCCGCUUUCCAUCACCCCGCCACAUUCUCCCACUUUCCAUCACACCGCCCCCUUCUCUCUCCUUCCAUCACCCCGCCCCAUUCUCCCUCCUUCCAUCACCCCGCCCCAUUCUCCCGCUUUCCAACAGCCCGCCCCCAUUCUCCCGCUUUCCAUCACCCCUCCCCUUUCUCCCGCUUUCCAUCUCCCCGCCCCAUUCUCCCGCUUUCCAUCACCCCGCCCUAUUCUCCCGCUUUCCAUCACCCCGCCCCAUUCUUCUGCUUCCCAUCAUCCCGCCCCAUUCCCCCGCUUUCCAUCACCCCUCCCCAUUCUUCCUCCUUCCAUCACCUCGCCCCAUUCUUUCGCUUUCCAUCACCCCGCCCCAUUCUCCUGCUUUCCAUCACCCCGCCCCAUUCUCCCGCUUUCCAUCACCCAGCCCCAUUCUCCCGCUUUCCAUCACCUCGCCCCAUUCUCCCGCUUUCCAUCACCCCGCCACAUUCUCUCGCUUUCCAUCACCCCGCCCCAUUCUCCCUCCUUCCAUCACCCCGCCCCAUUCUCCCGCUUUCCAUCACCCCGCCCCACUCUCCCGCUUCCCAUAACCCCACCCCAUUCUCCCGCUUUCCAUCACCCCACCACAUUUUCCCGUUUUCUAUCACCCCGCCCCAUUCUCCCUCCUUCCAUCACCCCGCCCCAUUCUCCCGCUUUCCAUCACCCCGCCCCAUUCUCCCGAUUUCCGUCACCCCGCCCCAUUCUCCCGCUUUCCAUCACCCCGCCCCAUUCUCCCGCUUUCUAUCACCCCGCCCCAUUCUCCCGCAUUCCAUCAUCCCGCCCCAUUCUCCCUCCUUCCAUCACCCCGCCCCAUUAUCCCGGUUUCCAUCACUCCGCCCCAUUCUCCCUCCUUCCAUCACCCCGCCCCAUUCUCCCUCCUUCCAUCACCCCGCCCCAUUCUCCCUCUUUCCAUCACCCCGCCCCAUUCUCCCUCCUUCCAUCAUCCCGCCACAUUUCCCCACUUUCCAUCACCCCGCCCCCUUCUCUCUCCUUCCAUCACCCUGCCCCAUUCUCCCUCCUUCCAUCACCCCGCCCCAUUCUCCCGCUUUUCAUCAGCCCGCCCCAUUCUCCCGCUCUCCAUCACCCCUCCCCUUUCUCCCGCUUUCCAUCUCCCCACCCCAUUCUCCCGCUUUCCAUCACCCCGCCCCAUUCUCCCGCUUUCCAUCACCCCGCCCCAUUCUUCCGCUUCCCAUCAUCCCGCCCCAUUCCCCCGCUUUCCAUCACCCUCCCCAUUCUCCCUCCUUCCAUCACCCCGCCCCAUUCUCUCGCGUUCCAUCACCCCGCCCCGUUCUCCCGCUUUCCAUCACCCCGCCCCAUUCUCCCGCUUUCCAUCACCCCAACCCAUUCUCCCUCUUUCCAUCACCCCGCCCCAUUCUCCCGCUUUCCAUCACCCCGCCCCAUUCUCCCUCCUUCCAUCACCCCGCCCCAUUCUCCCUCCUUCCAUAACCCCGCCCCAUUCUCCCGCUUUCCAUCACCCCGCCCCAUUCUCCCUCUUUCCAUCACCCCGCCCCAUUCUCCCGCUUUCCAUCACCCCGCCCCAUUCUCCCGCUUUCUAUCACCCCGCUCCAUUCUCCCGCUUUCCAUCGACCCGCCCAAUUCUCCCUCUUUCCAUCACCUCUCCCCAUUCUCCCGCUUUCCAUCACCCCGCCCCAUUCUCCCACUUUCCAUCACCCCGCCCCAUUCUCCCGCUUUCCAUCACCCCGCCCCAUUCUCCCUCUUUCCAUCACCCCGUCCCGUUCUCCCGCUUUCCAUCACCCCGCCCCAUUCUCCCGCUUUCCAUCACCCCGCCCCAUUCUCCUUCUUUCUAUCAGCCCGCCCCAUUCUCCCUCUUUCCAUCACCCCGCCCCAUUCUCCCCCUUUCCAUCACCCCGCGCCAAUUCCCCUCUUUCCAUCACCCCGCCCCAUUCUCCCACUUUCCAUCAACCCACCCCAUUCUCUCGCUUUCCAUCAUCCCGCUCCAUUGUCCCGCUUUCCAUCACCCCGCCCAAUUCUCACUCUUUCCAUCACCCCUCCCCAUUCUCCCUUUUUCCAUCACCCCGCCCCAUUCUCUCGCUUUCCAUCACCCCGCUCCAUUCUCCCGCUUUCCAUCACCCCGCCCAAUUCUCCCUCUUUCCAUCAACCCUCCCUAUUCUCCCACUUUCCAUCACCCCGCCCCAUUCUCUCGCUUUCCAUCACCCCGCCCCAUUCUCCCGCUUUCCAUCGCCCCGCCCCAUUCUCCCGCUUUCCAUCACCCCGUCCCAUUCUCCCGCUUUCCAUCACCCCGCCCCAUUCUCCUUCUUUCCAUCACCCCGCCCCAUUCUUCCACUUUCCACCACCCCGCCCCAUUCUCCCGCUUGCCAUCACCCCGCGCCAUUUUCCCUCUUUCCAUCACCCCGCCCCAUUCUCCCGCUUUCCAUCACCCCGCCCCAUUCUCCCGCUUUCCAUCAUCGCGCUCCAUUGUCCCGCUUUCCAUCACCCCGCCCAAUUCUCACUCUUUCCAUCACCCCUCCCCAUUCUCCCUUUUUCCAUCACCCCAACCCAUUCUCCCUCUUUCCAUCACCCCGCCCCAUUCUCCCGCUUUCCAUCACCCCGCCCCAUUCUCCCUCCUUCCAUCACCCCGCCCCAUUCUCCCUCCUUCCAUAACCCCGCCCCAUUCUCCUGCUUUCCAUCACCCCGCCCCAUUCUCCCUCUUUCCAUGACCCCGCCCCAUUCUCCCGCUUUCCAUCACCCCGCCCCAUUCUCCCGCUUUCUAUCACCCCGCUCCAUUCUCCCGCUUUCCAUCGACCCGCCCAAUUCUCCCUGUUUCCAUCACCUCUCCACAUUCUCCCUCUUUCCAUCACCCCUCCCCAUUCUCCCGCUUUCCAUCACCCCGCCCCAUUCUCCCACUUUCCAUCACCCCGCCCCAUUCUCCCGCUUUCCAUCACCCCGCCCCAUUCUCUCUCUUUCCAUCACCCCGUCCCGUUCUCCCGCUUUCCAUCACCCCGCCCCAUUCUCCCGCUUUCCAUCACCCCGCCCCAUUCUCCUUCUUUCUAUCACCCCGCCCCAUUCUCCCUCUUUCCAUCACCCCGCCCCAUUCUCCCCCUUUCCAUCACCCCGCGCCAAUUUCCCUCUUUCCAUCACCCCGCCCCAUUCUCCCACUUUCCAUCAACCCGCCCCAUUCUCUCGCUUUCCAUCAUCCCGCUCCAUUCCCCAUUCUCCCUCUUUCCAUCACCCCGCCCCAUUCUUCUUCUUUCCAUCACCCCGCCCCAUUCUCCUGAUUUCCAUCACCCCGCCCCAUUCUCCCAAUUUCCAUCACCCCGCCCCAUUCUCCCUCUUUCCAUCACCCCGCCCCAUUCUCCCUCUUUCCAUCACCCCGCCCCACUCUCCCGCCUUCCAUCACCCCGCCCAAUUCUCCCUCUUUCCAUCACCCCGCCCCAUUCUCCCUCUUUCCAUCACCCCGCCCCAUUCUCCCGCUUUCCAUCACCCCGCCCCAUUCUCCCUCUUUCCAUCACCCCGCCCCAUUCUCCCUCUUUCCAUAACCCCGCCCCAUUCUCCCGCUUUCCAUCACCCCGCACCAUUUUCCCUCUUUCCAUCACCCCGCCCCAUUCUCCCGCUUUCCAUCACCCCGCCCCAUUCUCUCGCUUUCCAUCAUCCCGCUCCAUUGUCCCGCUUUCCAUCACCCCGCCCAAUUCUCCCUCUUUCCAUCACCCCUCCCCAUCCUCCUUUUUUCCAUCACCCCGCCCCAUUCUCCCGCUUUCCAUCACCCCGCCCCAUUCUCCCUCUUUCCAUCACCCCGCCCUCCAGCUUUCCAUCACCCCGCCCCAUUCUCCUUCUUUCCAUCACCUCGCCCCAUUCUCCCUCUUUCCAUCAACCCGCCCCAUUCUCCCGCUUUCCAUCACCCUGCGCCAUUUUCCCUCUUUCCAUCACCCCGCCCCAUUCUCCCGCUUUCCAUCACCUCACCCGAUCCUCCCUCUUUCCAUCACCCCGCCCCAUUCUACUGCUGUCCAUCACGCUGCUCCAUUCUCCCGCUUCCCAUCACCCUGCCCAAUUCUCCCUCUUUCCAUCACCCCUCCCCAUUCUCCCUCUUUCCAUCACCCCGCCCCAUUCUCCCGCUUUCCAUCACCCCGCCCCAUUCUCCCGCUUUCCAUCACCUCGCCCGAUCCUCCCUCUUUCCAUCACCCCGCCCCAUUCUACUGCUGUCCAUCAAGCUGCUCCAUUCUCCCGCUUCCCAUCACCCUGCCCAAUUCUCCCUCUUUCCAUCACCCCUCCCCAUUCUCCCUCUUUCCAUCACCCCGCCCCAUUCUCCCGUUUUCCAUCACCCCGCCCCAUUGUCCCUCUUUCCAUCACCUCGCCCGAUCCUCCCUCUUUCCAUCACCCCGCACCAUUCUCCCGCUUUCCAUCACCCCGCCCCAUUCUAGUGCUUUCCAUCACCCCGUCCCAUUCUCCCGCUUUCCAUCACCCCACUCCAUUCUCCCGCUUUCCAUCACCCCGCCCAAUUUUCCCUCUUUCCAUCACCCCGCCCCAUUCUCCCUCUUUCCAUCACCCCGCCCCAUUCUCCCCCAAUCCAUCACCCCGCCCCAUUUUCACUCUUUCCAUCACCCCGUCCCAUUCUCCUGCUAUCCAUCACCCCGCCCCAUUCUCCCGCUUUCCAUCACCCCGCUCCAUUCUCCCGCUUUCCAACACGCCGCCCAAUUCUCCCUCUUUCCAUCACCCCUUCCCAUUCUCCCUCUUUCCAUCAUCCAGCCCCAUUCUCCCGCUUUCCAUCACCCCGCCUCAUUCUCCCUCUUUCCAUCACCGCGCCCCAUAUUCCCUCUUUCCAUCACCCUGCCCCAUUCUCUCGCUUUCAAUCACCCCGCCCCAUUCUCCCGCUUUCCAUCACACCGCCCCAUUCUCCCGCUUUCCAUCACCCUGCUCUAUUCUCCCGCUUUCCAUCACCCCGCCCAAUUCUCCCUCUUUCCAUCACCCCUCUCCAUUCUCCCUCUUUCCAUCACCCCGCCCCAUUCUCCCUCUUUCCAUCACCCGGCACCAUUCUCCCGCUUUCCAUCACCCCGCACCAUUCUACUGCUUUCCAUCACCCCGCCCCAUUCUACUGCUUUACAUCACCCCGUCCCAUUCUCCUGCUUUCCAUCACCCCGCCCAAUUUUCCCUCUUUCCAUCACCCCGACCCAUUCUCCCUCUUUCCAUCACCCCGCCUUAUUCUCCCCCAAUCCAUCACCCCUCCCCAUUUUCACCCUUUCCAUCACCCCGUCCCAUUCUCCCGCUUUCCAUCACCCCGCCCCAUUCUCCCUCUUUCCAUCACCCCGCCCCAUUCUCCCGAUUUCCAUCACCCCGCCCCAUUUUCACUCUUUCCAUCACCCCGUCCCAUUCUCCCGCUUUCCAUCACCCCGCCCCAUUCUCCCGCUUUCCAUCACCCCGCUCCAUUCUCCCGCUUUCCAUCACCCCGCCCAAUUCUCCCUCUUUCCAUCACCCCUCAACAUUCUCCCUCUUUCCAUCACCCCGCCCCAUUCUCCCGCUUUCCUUCACCCGCCCCAUUCUCCCUCUUUCCAUUACCCCGCCCCAUUCUACUGCUUUCCAUCACCCCGUCCCAUUCUCCCGCUUUCCAUCACCCCGCCAUUCUCCCGCUUUCCAUCACCCCGCCCAAUUUUCCCUCUUUCCAUCACCCCGCCCCAUUCUCCCUCUUUCCAUCACCCCGCCCCAUUCUCCCCCAAUCCAUCACCCCGCCCCAUUUUCACUCUUUCCAUCACCCCGUCCCAUUCUCCCGCUUUCCAUCACCCCGCCCCAUUCUCCCGCUUUCCAUCACCCCGCUCCAUUCUCCCACUUUCCAACACCCCGCCCAAAUCUCCCUCUUUCCAUCACCCCUUCCCAUUCUCCCUCUUUCCAUCAUCCAGCCCCAUUCUCCCGCUUUCCAUCACCCCGCCUCAUUCUCCCUCUUUCCAUCACCGCGCCCCAUUCUCCCUCUUUCCAUCACCCUGCCCCAUUCUCUCGCUUUCCAUCACCCCGCCCCAUUAUCCCGCUUUCCAUCACACCGCCCCAUUCUCCCGCUUUCCAUCACCCCGCUCUAUUCUCCCGCUUUCCAUCACCCCGCCCAAUUCUCCCUCUUUCCAUCACCCCUCUCCAUUCUCCCUCUUUCCAUCACCCCUCCCAAUUCUCCCUCUUUCCAUCACCCCGCACCAUUCUCCCGCUUUCCAUCACCCCGCACCAUUCUACUGCUUUCCAUCACCCCGCCCCAUUCUACUGCUUUCCAUCACCCCGUCCCAUUCUCCUGCUUUCCAUCACCCCGCCCAAUUUUCCCUCUUUCCAUCACCCCGACCCAUUCUCCCUCUUUCCAUCACCCCGCCCCAUUCUCCCCCAAUCCAUCACCCCUCCCCAUUUUCACUCUUUCCAUCACCCCCCCCAUUCUCCCGCUUUCCAUCACCCCGCCUCAUUCUCCCUCUUUCCAUCACCGCGCCCCAUUCUCCCUCUUUCCAUCACCCUGCCCCAUUCUCUCGCUUUCCAUCACCCCGCCCCAUUCUCCCGCUUUCCAUCACACCGCCCCAUUCUCCCGCUUUCCAUCACCCCGCUCUAUUCUCCUGCUUUCCAUCACCCCGCCCCAUUCUCCCUCUUUCCAUCACCCCUCUCCAUUCUCCCUCUUUCCAUCACCCCGCCCCAUUCUCCCUCUUUCCAUCACCCCGCCCCAUUCUCCCUCCUUCCAUCACCCCGCCACAUUCUCCCGCUUUCCAUCACCCCGCCCCAUUCUCCCUCCUUCCAUCACCCCGCCCCAUUCUCCCUCCUUCCAUCACCCCGCCCCAUUCUCCCGCUUUCCAUCACCCCGCCCCAUUCUCCCGCUUCCCAUAACCCCACCCCCUUCUCCCGCUUUCCAUCACCCCGCCACAUUCUCCCGCUUUCUAUCACCCCGCCCCAUUCUCCCUCCUUCUGUCACCCCGCCCCAUUCUCCCGCUUUCCAUCACCCCGCCCCAUUCUCCCAAUUUCCAUCACCCCGCCCCAUUCUCCCGCUUUCCAUCACCCCGCCCCAUUCUCCCGCUUUCCAUCACCCCGCCCCAUUCUCCCGCUUUCCAUCAUCCCGCCCCAUUCUCCCGCUUUCCAUCACCCCGCUCUAUUCUCCCGCUUUCCAUCACCCCGCCCCAUUCUCCCGCUUCCCAUAACCCCACCCCCUUCUCCCGCUUUCCAUCACCCCGCCACAUUCUCCCGCUAUCUAUCACCCCGCCCCAUUCUCCCUCCUUCCCCCGCCCCAUUCUCCUGCUUUCCUUCACCCCUCCCCUUUCUCCCACUUUCCAUCUCCGCGCCCCAUUCUCCCGCUUCCCAUCACCCCGCCCCAUUCUCCCGCUUUCCAUCACCCCGCCCCAUUCUUCCGCUUCCCAUCAUCCCGCCCCAUUCCCCCGCUUUCCAUCACCCCUCCCCAUUCUCCCUCCUUCCAUCACCCCGCCCCAUUCUCUCGCUUUCCAUCACCCCGCCCCAUUCUCCCGCUUUCCAUCACCCCGCCCCAUUCUCCCGCUUUCCAUCACCCCGCCCCAUUCUUCCUCCUUCCAUCACCCCGCCCCAUUCUCCCGCUUUCCAUCACCCCCCCGCCCAAUUCUCCCGCUGUCCAUCACCCCGCCCCUUUCUCCCGCUUUCCAUCACCCCGCCCCAUUCUCCCGCUUUCCAUCACCUCGCCCCAUUCUCCCGCUUUUCAUCACCCCGCCCCAUUCUCCCGCUUUCCAUCAGCCCGCCCCAUUCUCCCGCUUUCCAUCACCCCGCCCCUUUCUCCUGCUUUCCAUCACCCCGCCCAAUUCUCCCGCUUUCCAUCACCCCGCCCCAUUCUCCCACCUUCCAUCACUCCGCCCCAUUCUCCCGCUUUCCAUCACCCCGACCCAUUCUCCCACUUUCCAUCACCCCGCCCCAUUCUCCCUCCUUCCAUCACCCCGCCUCAUUCCCCCUCCUUCCAUCACCCCGCCCCAUUCUCCCGCUUUCCAUCACCCCGCCCCAUUCUCCCGCUUUCCAUCACUUAGCCCCAUUCUCCCGCUUUCCAUCAUCCCGCCCCAUUUUUCCGCUUUCCAUCAUCGCCCCAUUCUCCCGCUUUCCAUCACCCUGCCCCAAUCUCCCGCUUUCCAUCACCCCGCCCCAUUCUCCCUCCUUCCAUCCCCCCGCCCCAUUCUCCCGCUUUCCAUCACCCUGCCCCAAUCUCUCGCUUUCCAUCACCCCACCCCAUUCUCCCUCCUUCCAUCACCCCGCCCCAUUCUCCCGCUUUCCAUCACGCAGCCCCAUUCUCCCGCUUUUCAUCACCCGGCCCCAUUCUCCCGCUUUCCAUCACCCCGCCCCAUUCUCCCGCUUUCCAUCACCCCGCCCCAUUCUCCCUCCUUCCAUCACCCCGCCCCACUCUCCCGCUUUCCAUCACCCCGCCCCAUUCUCCCUCCUUCCAUCACCCCGCCCCAUUCUCCCUCCUUCCAUCACCCGCCCCAUUCUCCCGCUUUCCAUCACCCCACCCUGUUCUCCCGCUUCCCAUAACCCCACCCCCUUCUCCUCCUUUCCAUCACCCCGCCCCCUUCUCCCGAUUUCCAUCACCCCGCCCCAUUCUCCCUCCGUCCAUCACCCCACCCCAUUCUCCCGCUAUCCAUCAGCCCGCCCCAUUCUCCAGCUUUCCAUCACCCUUUCCCUUUCUCCCGCUUUCUAUCUCCCCGCCCCAUUCUCCCGCUUUCCAUCACCCCGCCCCAUUCUCCCGCUUUCCAUCACCCCGCCCCAUUCUUCCUCCUUCCAUCACCCCGCCCCAUUCUCCCGCUUUCCAUCACCCCGCCCCAUUCUCCCUCCUUCCAUCACCCCGCCCCAUUCUCCCUUAUUCUAUCACCCCGCCCCAUUCUCCCGCUUUCCAUCACCCCGCCCUAUUCUCCCACUUCCCAUAACCCCACCCCAUUCUCCCGCUUUCCAUCACCCCGCCACAUUUUCCCACUUUCCAUCACUCUGCCCCAUUCUCCCGCUUUCCAUCACCCUGCCCCAUUCUCCCACCUUCCAUCACUCCGCCCCAUUCUCCUGCUUUCUAUCACCCCGACCCAUUCUCCCACUUUCCAUCACCCCGCCCCAUUCUCCCUCCUUCCAUCACCCCGCCUCAUUCCCCCUCCUUCCAUCACCCCGCCCCAUUCUCCCACUUUCCAUCACCCCGCCCCAUUCUCCCGCUUUCCAUCACUUAGCCCCAUUCUCCCGCUUUCCAUCAUCCCGCCCCAUUUUUCCGCUUUCCAUCACCCCGCCCCAUUCUCCCGCUUUCCAUCACCCUGCCCCAAUCUUCCGCUUUCCAUCACCCCGCCCCAUUCUCCCUCCUUCCAUCACCCCGCCCCAUUCUCCCGCUUUCCAUCACCCUGCCCCAAUCUCUCGCUUUCCAUCACCCCACCCCAUUCUCCCUCCUUCCAUCACCCCGCCCCAUUCUCCUGCUUUCCAUAACGCAGCCCCAUUCUCCCGCUUUUCAUCACCCUGCCCCAUUCUCCCGCUUUCCAUCACCCCGCCCCAUUCUCCCGCUUUCCAUCACCCCGACCCAUUCUCCCUCCUUCCAUCACCCCGCCCCAUUCUCCCUCCUUUCAUCACCCCGCCCUCCUGCCCCAUUCUCCCGCUUUCCAUCACCCCUCCCCUUUCUCCCGCUUUCCAUCACCCCGCCCCAUUCUCCCGCUUUCCAUCACCCCCCCCCAUUCUUCCUCCUUCCAUCACCCCGCCCCAUUCUCCCGCUUUCCAUCAGCCCGCCCCGUUCUCCCUCCUUCCAUCACCCCGCCCCAUUCUCCCUCAUUCUAUCACCCCGCCCCAUUCUCCCGUUUUCCAUCACCCCGCCCCAUUCUCCCGCUUCCCAUAUCCCCACCCCAUUCUCCCGCUUUCCAUCACCCUGCCACAUUUUCCCACUUUCCAUCACCCCGCCCCCUUCUUUCUCCUUCCAUCACCCCGCCCCAUUCUCCCUCCUUCCAUCACCCCGCCCAAUUCUCCCGCUUUCCAUCAGCCCGCCCCAUUCUCCCGCUGUCCAUCACUCUGCCCCUUUCUCCCGCUUUCCAUCACCCUGCCCCAUUCUCCCGCUUUCCAUCACCCCGCUCCAUUCUCCCGCUUUCCAUCACCCCGCCCCAUUCUCCCUCCUUCCAUCACCCCGCCCCAUUCUCCCGCUUUCCAUCACCCCGCCCCAUUCUCCCUCCUUCCAUCACCCCGCCCCAUUCUCCCACUUUCCAUCACCCCGCCCUGUUCUCCCGCUUCCCAUAACCCCACCCCCUUCUCCUGCUUUCCAUCACCCCGCCCCAUUCUCCCCCCCAUUCUCCCGCUUUUCAUCACCCUGCCCCAUUCUCCCGCUUUCCAUCACCCCGCCCCAUUCUCCCGCUUUCCAUCACCCCGCCCCAUUCUCCCUCCUUCCAUCACCCCGCCCCAUUCUCCCGCUAUCCAUCAACCCGCCCCAUUCUCCAGCUUUCCAUCACCCCUCCCCUUUCUCCCGCUUUCCAUCAGCCCGCCCCAUUCUCCCGCUGUCCAUCACUCUUCCCCUUUCUCCCGCUUUCCAUCACCCCGCCCCAUUCUCCCGCUUUCCAUCACCCCGCCCCUUUCUCCCGCUUUCCAUCACUCCGCCCCAUUCUCCCGCUUUCCAUCACCCCGACCCAUUCUCCCACUUUCCAUCACCCCGCCCCAUUCUCCCUCCUUCCAUCACCCCGCCUCAUUCUCCCUCCUUCCAUCACCCCGCCCCAUUCUCCCGCUUUCCAUCACCCCGCCCCAUUCUCCCGCUUUUCAUCACUUAGCCCCAUUCUCCCGCUUACCAUCACCAGGCCCCAUUUUUCCGCUUUCCAUCACCCUGCCCCAUUCUCCCGCUUUCCAUCACCCUGCCCCAAUCUCCCGCUUUCCAUCACCCCGCCCCAUUCUCCCUCCUUCCAUCACCCCGCCCCAUUCUCCCGCUUUCCAUCACCCCGCCCCAUUCUCCCGCUUUCCAUCACCCUGCCCCAAUCUCCCGCUUUCCAUCACCCCGCCCCAUUCUCCCUCCUUCCAUCACCCCGCCCCAUUCUCCCGCUUUCCAUCACCCCGCCCCAUUCUCCCGCUUUCCAUCACCUUGCCCCAUUCUCCCUUUUCCAUCACCCCGCCCCAUUCUCCCGCUUUCCAUCACCCCGCCCCAUUCUCCCGCUUUCCAUCACCCCGCCCCAUUCUCCCUCCUUCCAUCACCCCGCCCCAUUCUCCUGCUUUCCAUCACCCCGCCCCAUUCUCCCUCCUUCCAUCACCCCCCCCAUUCUCCCUUUUCCAUCACCCCGCCCCAUUCUCCCGCUUUCCAUCACCCCGCCCCAUUCUCCCGCUUUCCAUCACCCCGCCCCAUUCUCCCUCCUUCCAUCACCCCGCCCCAUUCUCCCGCUUUCCAUCACCCCGCCCCAUUCUCCCGCUUCCCAUAACCCCGCCCCGUUCUCCCUCAUUCCAUCACCCCGCUCCAUUCUCCCGCUUUCCAUCACCCCGCCCCAUUCUCCCGCUUCCCAUAACCCCACCUCAUUCUCCUGCUUUCCAUCACCCCGCCACAUUUUCCCACUUUCCAUCACCCCGCCCCCUUCUUCCUUCUUCCAUCACCCCGGCCCAUUCUCCCUCCUUCCUUCACCCCGCCCCAUUCUCCCGCUUUCCAUCACCCUGCCCCAUUCUCCCGCUUUCCAUCACACCGCCCCAUUCUCCCGCUUUCCAUCACCCCGCCCCAUUCUUCCGCUUCCCAUCAUCCCGCCCCAUUCCCUCGCUUUCCAUCACCCCUCCCCAAUCUCCCUCCUUCCAUCACCCCGCCCCAUUCUCCCACUUUCCAUCACCCGCCCCAUUAUCCUGCUUUCCAUCACCUCGCCCCAUUCUCCCGCGUUCCAUCACCCCGCCCCAUUCUUCUGCUUUCCAUCACCCCGCCCCAUUCUCCCGCUUUCCAUCACCCUGCCCCAUUCACCCGCUUUCCAUCAACCGCCCCAUUCUCCCGCUUUCCAUCACCCCGCCCCAUUCUCCCGCUUUCCAUCACCCCGCCCCAAUCUCCCGCUUUUCAUCACCCCGCCCCAUUCUCCCGCUUUCCAACACCCCAGCCCAUUCUCUCGCUUUCCAUCACCCCGCCCCCUUCUUCCUCCUUAUAUCACCCGCCCCAUUCUCCCGCUUUCCAUCACCCCGCUCCAUUCUCCCGCUUUCCAUCUCCCUGCCCUUUUCUCCCGCUUUCCAUCACCCCGCCCCAUUCUCCCGCUUUCCUUCACCCCGCCCCAUUUCCCCGCUUUCCAUCAGCCCUCCCCAUUCUCCCUCCUUCCAUCACCCCUCCCCAUUCUCCCGCUUUCCAUCACCCCGCCCCAUUCUCUCUCCUUCCAUCACCCCGCCCCAUUCUCCCUCCUUCCAUCACCCCGCCCCAUUCUCCCGCUUUCCAUCACCCCGCCCCAUUCUCCCGCUUCCCAUAACCCCACCCCAUUCUCCCGCUUUCCAUCACCCCGCCACAAUCUUCCACUUUCCAUCACCCCGCACCCUUCUCUCUCCUUCCAUCACCCCGCCCCAUUCUCCCUCUUUCCAUCACCCUGCCCCAUUCUCCCGCUUUCCAUCAGCCCGCCCCAUUCUCCCGCUUUCCAUCACCCCUCCCCUUUCUCCCGCUUUCCAUCUCCCCGCCCCAUUCUCCCGCUUUCCAUCACCCCGCCCCAUUCUCCCGCUUUCCAUCACCCCGCCCCAUUCUUCCGCUUCCCAUCAUCCCGCCCCAUUCCCCUGCUUUCCAUCACCCCUCCCCAUUCUCCCUCCUUCUAUCACCCCGCCCCAUUCUCUUGCUUUCCAUCACCCCGCCCCGUUCUCCCGCUUUCCAUCACCCCGACCCAUUCUCCCGCUUUCCAUCACCCUGCCCCAUUCUCCCUCCUUCCAUCACCCCGCCCCAUUCUCCCGCUUUCCAUCACCCCGCCCCAUUCUCCCUCCUUCUAUCACCCUGCCCCAUUCUCUCUCAUUCCAUCACCCCGCUCCAUUCUCCCGCGUUCCAUCACCCCGCCCCAUUCUCCCGCUUUCCAUCACCCCGCCACAUUUUCCCGCUUUCCAUCACCCCUCCCCAUUCUCCCUCCUUCCAUCACCCCUCCCCAUUCUCCCGCUUUCCAUCACCCCGCCCCAUUCUCCCUCCUUCCAUCACCCCGCCCCAUUCUCCCUCCUUCCAUCACCCCGCCCCAUUCUCCCGCUUUCCAUCACCCCGCCCCAUUCUCCCGCUUCCCAUAACCCCACCCCAUUCUCCCGCUUUCCAUCACCCCGCACCCUUCUCUCUCCUUCCAUCACCCCGCCCCAUUCUCCCUCCGUCCAUCACCCCGCCCCAUUCUCCCGCUUUCCAUCAGCCCGCCCCAUUCUCCCGCUUUCCAUCACCCCGCCCCUUUCUCCCGCUUUCCAUCUCCCCGCCCCAUUCUCCCGCUUUCCAUCACACCGCCCCAUUCUCCCGCUAUCCAUCACCCCGCCCCAUUCUUCUGCUUCCCAUCAUCCCGCCCCAUUCCCCCGCUUUCCAUCACCCCUCCCCAUUCUCCCUCCUUCCAUCACCCUGCCCCUUUCUCCCGCUUUCCAUCUCCCCCCCCCAUUCUCCCGCUUUCCAUCACUUGCCCCAUUCUCCCGCUUUCCAUCACCUCGCCCCAUUCUCCCGCUUUCCAUCACCCCGCCCUAUUCUUCUGCUUUCCAUCACCCCGCCCCAUUCUCCCGCUUUCCAUCACCCUGCCCCAUUCACCCGCUUUCCAUCACUGGCCCCAUUCUCCCGCUUUCCAUCACCCCGCCCCAUUCUCCCACUUUCCAUCACCCCGCCCCAUUCUCCCGCUUUCCAUCACCCCGCCCCAUUCUCCCGCUUUUCAUCACCCCGCCCCAUUCUCCCGCUUUCCAACACCCCAGCCCAUUCUCUCGCUUACCAUCACCCCGCCCCCUUCUUCCUCCUUCCAUCACCCCGCCCCAUUCUCCCUCCUUCCUUCACCCCGCCCCAUUCUCCCGCUUUCCAUCACCCUGCCCCAUUCUCCCGCUUUCCAUCACCCCGCCCCAUUCUCCCGCUUUUCCAUCACCCCGCCCCAUUCUCCCUCCUUCCAUCACCCCGCCCCAUUCUCCCGCUUUCCAUCACCCCGCCCCAUUCUCCCGCUUUCCAUCACCCCGCCCCCUUCUCCCUCCUUCCAUCACCCCGCCCCAUUCUCCCUCCUUCCAUCACCCCGCCCCAUUCUCCCGCUUUCCAUCACCCCGCCCCAUUCUCCCGCUUUCCAUCACCCCGCCCCUUUCUCCCGCUUUCCAUCUCCGUGCCCCAUUCUCCCGCUUUCCAUCACCCCGCCCCAUUCUCCCGCUUUCCAUCACCCGGCCCCAUUCUCCCGCUUCCCAUCAUCCCGCCCCAUUCUCCUGGUUUCUAUCACCCCGCCCCAUUCUCCCUCCUUCCAUCACCCCGCCCCUUUCUCCCGCUUUCCAUCUCCCGCCCCAUUCUCCCGCUUUCAAUCACCCGCCCCAUUCUCCCGCUUUCCAUCACCUCGCCCCAUUCUCCCGCUUUCCAUCACCCCACCCCAUUCUUCUGCUUUCCAUCACCCCGCCCCAUUCUCCCGCUUUCCAUCACCCUGCCCCAUUCACCCGCUUUCCAUCACCCGCCCCAUUCUCCCGCUUUCCAUCACACCGCCCUAUUCUCCCGCUUUCCAUCACCCCGCCCCAUUCUCCCGCUUUUCAUCACCCCGCCCCAUUCUCCCGCUUUCCAUCACCCCGCCCCCUUCUUCCUCUUUCCAUCACCCCGCCCCAUUCUCCCUCCUUCCUUCACCCCGCCCCAUUCUCCCGCUUUCCAUCACCCUGCCCCAUUCCUCCGCUUUCCAUCACCCCGCACCAUUCUCCCACUUUCCAUCACCCCGCCCCAUUCUCCCGCUUUCCAUCACCCUGCCCCGUUCUCCCGCUUUCCAUCACCCCGCGCCAUUCUUCCGCUUUCCAUCACCCCGCCCCCUUCUCCCUCCUUCCAUCAUCCCGCCCCAUUCUCCCUCCUUCCAUCACCCCGCCCCAUUUUCCCGCUUUCCAUCAACCCGCCCCAUUCUCCCGCUUUCCAUCACCCCGCCCCUUUCUCCCGCUUUCCAUCUCCCUGCCCCAUUCUCCCGCUUUCCAUCACCCCGCCCCAUUCUCCCGCUUUCCAUCACCCCGCCCCAUUCUCCCGCUUCCCAUCAUCCCGCCCCAUUCCCCCGCUUUCCAUCACCCCUCCCCAUUCUCCCUCCUUCCAUCACCCCGCCUCAUUCUCCCGCUUUCCAUUACACGCCCCAUUCUCCCGCUUUCCAACACCCCGCCCCAUUCUCCCGCUUUCCAUCACCCCGCCCCAUUCUCCCGCUUUCCAUGA